GUCAAUAUCAAAAUCAAACCACUCUCCUUCUUCGAUCCUCACACGCUUAUGCAGAUGUGUUAUUCUUUUCUUUAGCUCUCCCAAAACCACCUUACCGAAACAUUCAUCAAACACUUCAGGUCCGCCAUUGAAAACGCUCCAAAAAUCACACAGAUGGAAUCAAUUAACAUCAUCAAAGGCUACAGCAAAGUAGACACCUUGGGAGAUCAAACCUCUCCCCACCACAACAGAACAACCCAAAAUCAUCGUACAACCAUAGCCAUCUCUCUGAUUAUCAUAUUAACUGUUGUCAUCGGUGCAGUGAUCGGUGCUUUAAUCUAUGAAUCCAUCACUGAACCACCCGAUGACGAUGAUCUGUCUUCCAAGGCGGCCGAGUCACUCAAAACUAUCUGUUCCGUGACUCAGUAUACCAACUCAUGCUUCACCUCCUUAUCUUCUUUCAACGCAAAUUUUGGAUCCAAAAUCGACCCUGAAUGCGUUUUCAAGCUCUCUAUCCAAGUCGCCGUGACAGAAUUCACGAAACUCGAGUCAGUACCCAUAACCCUCAUCUCGAAAUUGAACGACCCUUCAACUGAAUCGGCGUUAAAGGACUGCACGAGUUUGUUUGAUGAUGGACUGAGUCAACUUAACCGGUCUUUGGAGUUGAUGGAAGUAGACCCAGGAGAGAAGGUUUUGACAGAGGCGAAAAUUGGGGAUCUGAAUUCAUGGAUUAGCGGUGCGAUGACUGAUCAACAGACGUGCUUGGAUGGGUUGGAGGAGAUGGGAUCAACGGUGGUUGAUGAGGUGAGAAUGAAGGUGCAGAAGUCGAAGGAGUACAUGAGCAACAGCUUAGCCAUUCUAGCUAAUAUUCAAAGUCUUCUAGAUAAGUUUGAUCUCAAGAUGCACUGAGAGUUGUUCUGAAUCGACUUCUGAAAAUAACUUUCACUUCUCUGUAUCAAUAUGUAAUAAUUUUUUUUCAAAAUUUCUGAUUUUGAUUUGUGGAUUUUGUUUGGUGUUACUUAAGUUUAUGCAACUAUGAUUAGCUGGGAGGGGUAGUUACUUGUGUAAUUACCCUUUCCCCGCCUUUUUGUUUUCCUAAUCUUUUGUAUGAUUCUUUAAAUUCGUAUGUUUGCUUGUUGGUGUGGGUGUUGGAAAAGUUUGUACCUUGUGAAAAGCAUAAUCAAU